GUCGCCGUAGUAUUGCCGCAAACACUUCAGCAUGGCGUUGUACACAUCGCCGCUCGAGGAUCGCCUAUUGCCCUUGAACCCACGGAGCUUCCCUAUCGUAGCCGGCGUGAGGCCGACUGCUGUGUACCCGCUUAUCUUUCGCAACCGUGGUGGCACAUUGGACGUGGCAAUUUCGCCUGCUGAUCGCCUCCAAGUGGCCUUGCCAAUAAUACGCUCGUGUGUAACUGUUGCGCGCCGUCGCAAGAGAUGAGAAGCCGGACAGCGUCGCUGUGCGUGUUGUGGUUUAUAGCAGCAACUUCCGACUGUUGCGCUGUUUCCUUUACUGAACUGUCGUUUCGCGUUCGCUGGAUUCGUCUGCCGUCCACAUGCGUGUCGCAUUUACAUCAAAGUAACUUCGCUAUGACCUGGAGAAAAUUGCUAUGUUGCAAUGCGUAAAAGAAACUUUAUUUUAUUUGUUUCACUUGCAUUUUUAACAUGGGGAGGCAUAACGUACCUUCUUUUCCUUCAGCGGCCAUUGACAGGGAAGGUUUUCCGCCCUGGGAAAGUUCAAGCUCAGUUAGAUCUGUUAGAACAAGAGCUCGCCGAACAAGGUCGUGCAAACGCAAAGCUCCUUGGCAGCUUGCGAGAGCUAAAAGAAAAGCUUCGGCUGGCCCAGAAUGAGAGCCAUGGCCAGGCUGCCAAGGACAGUCCAGUCAUCGCUGUCCUGCUCUUCGCUUGCAACAGGGUCACGGUGAAGCGCCCCAUUGACCAGCUGCUGCAGUACCGACCUUCCAAGAAGCAGUUUCCCAUCAUAGUGAGCCAAGAUUGUAACCAUGCCCUGACCUCUAAAGCAAUUCAAGACUAUGGUGACCAACUCACUCUCAUUAAGCAACCUGACCAAAGUGACAUUCCAUUAUUGGGCAAGGAGAAGAAAUUUAAAGGCUACUACAAGAUAGCACGGCACUAUGGCUGGGCGCUCAACAAGACUUUCUUUGAAUUUAAUUAUGACACGGUACUGAUUGUUGAAGAUGACCUGGAGCUGUCUGUAGACUUCUUUGAAUACUUCCUAGCAUUGCACCCAAUUCUGAAGACUGACCCAACACUCUUUUGUGUCUCAGCUUGGAAUGACAAUGGCAAAGCAGGACUUGUAGCGGAUGACCCAGAGUUGCUUCACCGGUCUGACUUUUUCCCUGGCCUUGGAUGGAUGAUGACCAAGGAUAUGUGGGUUGAGAUGAGCCACAGGUGGCCCAAAGCGUUUUGGGAUGACUGGAUUCGGCAACCUGAACAGAGGAAGGACAGAGCCUGUAUUCGACCAGAAGUUUCGCGCACCAAGACUUUUGGCAAAAUUGGGGUCAGCAAUGGGCUUUUUUAUGAAAAGCACCUCAAAUUUAUCCAACUCAACAAAAAGUUUGUGCCUUUUACUAGCAAAGAUCUCAGCUACCUGAAAAAGGAUAACUAUGAUGUAGCUUUUGUGAAAGAGGUGUACGGCUCGCCACUGGUCACGGUGAGCCAAGUUCUCAAGGGCAGCUUGGAGACCAAAGGGGCAAUUCGCAUCACCUACACCUCCAAGGAGCAGUUCAAGAGCAUUGCAAAGAAGCUCUCCAUCAUGGACGACUUCAAGUCAGGUGUACCAAGAACUGGUUACCGUGGGGUGGUCUCUCUUCUCUACAAGGGUCGUCGAGUGUAUUUGGCACCUCCAGCAGACUGGAAAGGCUACAACAAGUCGUGGUCUUAGCACAGAGCUCAACUCCACCAAGUGUGCUGCAGUUUGUGUGUGCGGGAUGAAGCAGCCAUGCCAAGCUCUCCAGUACCUCUCCUCUCCUGCGACAUCUCACCAUUUGCAUCGCAGCAUUGUUAUUCCUCAUCACAUUCUUCCCCGUUCUUGUUUCUUCUGUGCAUCACAGCAUCUGUUCUAUGCUGCUUGCAGCAUUAUUGUUCGGUUUCUUUCGUUUGCGUGCAUGUGCCUAGGAUAGGAUGUGCAGUGAAGGGGGAAGGGGCUGACUGUGUUCUGUGCCUGUGGCAUCAUUUUCCUCUGAAUGUCCCCUUGGUUGCUCUUAACACCAGUGAUAAGCUUCUGCCUGGCAAACUUUGCUAGAUAAGUUUCUUUCUCUUUUCUUUUUUUUGGUGGCCACUGUGCAAUGAUCUUGUUUUCACCUGCCAUGUGCUCCCAGUUCAUUCCUCUCACCCACAGUAGUCGUGUCGUGUAAGGCAGGACUGAAGCAAGUAUACCUAACUGUGAUUUCUUGAUCAUACAGAAAUAUAUGUACACAAAUGAAAAAAAUAAUGCUAAUUUGGGUGUGCAAGCGUGAGUGGUCAACACCUUUCCAGCCCAGUCCGUUCAAGGUGUCGCUGUGUGUUUUAUUCUGGCUGUCGGGCUUCGUGGGUGGCAGCUGUUGUGCGGGGGUUUGGGUUUGAAGGUUCUCCACUUCACAUACAUUAUGCUUGCGUCACUGAAAUGAGGCAGUGGAUGAUGUGCAUUUUGCUUUUGGUGGCGGCUCUUGCAGCAAUGUCAUAGUUAAUUUAAAAAAAGAACUACUGCUCUUGCAGACCUCAGAGACCACAUUUAUUUUUUACCCCCCUGGGAAGACCAUUGCAGGCCAAGGCCACGUUGAAGUGCGUCUGCUCCCGCUCCAAUGGUCUCGCACUGCAGAUUGUUUCAGAAGUGAAUGGCGUUGCGCUGUUCACAGCGGCUGCAUUUUUAUUUCCUGCGGUCUAUCCCGGGGGUUGUAUAUUUCCUGUACAUAAGCUGCACUCCUUCACUGAGGUUUAAGUGAACUGUUAUGGUGACUGAUGUUUUAAAAGCCCUGUACAGCUGUCAUGUUUUCUUUUCUUACGUAACAACAUUGGAGUUGUUUUGAGACUGGACAAGUGCAUCUUCAGGGUGAUUGUGGUGAAUGGCAGGUUGUUGAUAGUGGGAUGACAUUGUGCUCAUGGAUGUCCCUCCAGCAUUUCCUUUUGCAAGUGUUCAGUGCGUGCAGGCAUGAGCUUGGAUUACACACCGUUUCUCUGUAAUGAGGCUUUGCAUUACAUGGAAUAUGUUUUAUGUAACUGGAUAAACCGUGCCCUGCAGCCGCACGAUGCAUUGUUGCCUGUAAUAUAUAUAAAGCAAGACUGUUAGCAAAUAAAUAUUUAUAACUGCACAGCCAA